AUGAACAAAAGAACAUUAUCAGAUGACCAAAAUGAUAAUGAGAAAAAUAAAACGGGAGUUAAAAGAUAUUUGAUGAGUAGUGAUGAUCAUUAUGAAAAACAAAAAUUAAAUUAUGAAAAGAACUACCAUUCGAAAUAUAAUUCUAAUUCCUUCAAUGAAACAAAAGAGAAUGAGAAUAUUAAUAAUAUGAUUAAUAAUAACACUGGUAAUAAUAAUAAUAAUAAUAAUAAUAAUAAUAAUGUCGAUGAUAACAGUAACACUAAUCAUAAUAAUAAUAACACUAAUAAUAGUAAUAUGAAUACUUCUACUAACAAUAAUAAUAGUAAUAAUAAUAUUAAUACUUCUAUUAACAAUAAUAUUAAUAAUAGCAAUAGUAAUAAUAAUAGUAGUAAUAGUAACAGCAAUGAUAAUAAUAAUGAUAUUAACAACAAUAAUAAUUCAUCUUCUAAUAAAUAUUAUUCUAAUGAUUGUAAAAAAAGAAAAGGGAGAUAUUCUAUGCCAUUUUUAAAAAAGGAAAAAAACAAUGUCAAUACUAUUUUGAUAUUAAAGAAUGUACCAAAGGAUGCAGAUGAAGAAGAUAUAAAAUCUUUUAUGCGCCCAUUUAUAAAAAACAAAAUACCAGAAAUAAAUUUUUAUGAUGAUGAAAUAAUUGUUAAAUUAUAUGAUGAUGAAUUAAAUGAAAAUAUGUACAAUUAUUUUAAUGAACAUCCAACUCAGAUAAAAGGAUCUUUUGUAAAAGUAAAAUUAUCAAAAAUAAGUGAUGAUAAUAAAGAAAAUUUAGAUACAUAUGAAAAUAGCAGUAAUAAAAAUAAUAAUUCUAAAGAAAAAUUAGAAAAGAAAAAUUCUAAACACAAUAAAAAUGAAUGCUCAAAAGUUAUAUUAGUAUCAGUAAUAAAUUUACAUUAUCCUGUUGAUAUAGAAUUAAUAUAUUAUCUAUUUAGUAAAUGUGGAAUAGUAGAAAAAAUUAUUACAUUUUCAAGAAAUCCAGUUAUAUAUCAAGCUUUGGUACAAUUUAAAAAUAUAGAAACAGCUAAGGAAGCUAUUAAAACUUUACAUAAUAGAAAUAUAUAUGAUGGAUGUAAUACAAUUCAAAUUCAAUAUUCCUUUUUAAAAGAAUUAGUGGUUAAAUCUAACAAUUCCAGUUCAUGGGAUUACACUACGUCUAGUACAAGUAAAAAUAAAAAUUUUUCUAAUUUUCAAAAUUCCCAUGGUGUUUUACCAACUCCAACAAGAAAACAUAAAGAUUCAGAGUUAUAUCACUUAAUAGAAAGAAAAUUUAAAUUAGUAGACUUUGAAACGAAAAAUCCAUCAAAAACACCUGUUUUAAUAUGUUAUAACAUACCAAAAGAAUAUACGGAUGUUAAUAAGCUGUUUAAUUUAUUUAGCGUUUAUGGUUUUGUUUCAAGAAUUAAAAUAUUAAGAGAAAAACCAGAUUCUGCUCUUAUUCAAUAUUCUAAUUAUUUAUAUUCCUCAUUAGCUCAAGAAUGUUUACAACAUGCUAAAAUCUGCGAUCAAACUAUAGAAUUGCAUUUUUCAAAAAUACAUGACAUAAGAAUUUCAUCUCAGCAAAAAAAAAAUGAAUCCUAUAAAGCCAAAUCUUUUAAUAAUUACGAUCAAAGAUAUUUAGCGGCAGAUCAAGUAAAAUAUAUAAAAGGAGCAUGUAGACCGACAAAAACACUAUUUAUAUCUAAUGUAAAUGAAGAAGUAAAUGAAGAAUGCAUAGUAAAUUUAUUUAAUAAAUAUGGAGAAAUUAAUAAGUUAAAAUUUCAGCCAUUCAAAGAAGGAAAGAAGCAUUUAAUGAUUACUGUAGAAAUGAAUUCAGAAGAUAUGGCAACAAGAGCUUUAAUGGAUUUUCAUAAUUAUUACUUAAAAGAUCGUUCAAUAAAAGUAUCUUAUACAAAAACUAGAUUAGUUUAA